AUGGCAUCGAUGAGCUGCAUGUCGGCAGGCGAGCAUGCAAAGCCUGAGAUGGCCGUUGGCGACGAGCGAGCCGGUCCUGAAGGCAGCGAAGAGCCUCCAAAAUUUGGGCCGAUGGGCGUUCCGGCGGAUGUACUAGGUGUGCUCACUCCCGACCCUGGAAAUGAGACUCCUUUCCAAAUCGGGAAGUGUCCAUGGUACACAUCAUUGAGACAGUCAACAGCGCCUAUAACUAGUGGGCACGCCAAAGCCAUUACUAGAUCGAUGAAAAGAACAGAAACACUCGCCACAAGAACUGUGAGGGGCUGUGCAUGGUGGACGCCCUUGGCGCUUCUGAUGCUGCUAGCGGCCGGAGUGACAGAAGCGUACAUAAACACAAAAGUUCUGAACAUAUGCCAGCCAGGGUCUUUUGCAAUGACGUUUGACCAAGGGCCCUCCAUAUAUACUGGGAACGUGCUUGAUGCUCUUGACGCAAAGCAAUGCAAGGCGACGUUCCAUCCGGUGGUCUCUUUCCUACAAGAGCCGUCCAUUGUUGCCAAUUUGCAGCGGGCAUAUUCCUCAGGCCAUCUCAUUGGAUUCUCAAUUGAGGAACAGGUGGACUUGAGCGCGCUCACCAAUAAUGACGACCUUCUUGCGCUACUUGCCGACAGGGCCGCUACAAUACAAAGGGCCAUAGGCUCGCCGGAACCGCCGUAUUUUGUGCGUGUGCCAAAGAUAAGCAAUCUCUCUGAUGACCAGAUAUCUGCAAUUACGGACCAGGGAAAGUAUGUACUUUCCACUUAUAAUUUGGAUUCGUAUGAUUACGCGUUAAACGGGACCGAUAUUCUUUCCUCAUUCAAGAACGUCCUGGAUCAGCUGUCGCCAAACACAAAGGGCGGAUUUAUCAGCGUGCAGAGAGACUAUAUCCAAAGUAGCGUGGACGCUGUGCCAGAUAUUAUCGAUUAUAUCCAGGGAAAGGGAUAUAGCUUGUGCUUUAGGGGUGGUGUGGUGCCUGGACAUACUAAUUCCUCGAAUGAGUCUAUGAACAGCUCGUCUUCGCAUAGAACGCCAACAUUGGGAUGGUCGUUCCUUCCGGCGUUGGGAUUCAUUUUGGCGACAGCCCUCGCCGAAUAA